GGUGGAUAUUUUUGCUAAACAUGGCGACCGUGAAUAAGUUUGUACAAAUGUGCAAUUAUCUCCAAGACCCCUGCCAUGUGGCGAGGUUUCAGAGACUCUGUGGUGUAAAAGGAACAUUUCCGGAGAAACGGACCGAGCCGGACGGUGGACGGCUGGACCCGGACGGUCCAGGGCUGCGGAGGAGGGUCCAGCACGGCGGACAGAGCUCGAAUGAAGGCGUGGGGAAUGGAGAUGCAGCCGUACCGCAGGUUAACGGGAUGCAGGAGGACGACUCCAGGCCUGAUGAUGCAUCUCCGGCUGAGUCCACCAGAGCUAAACCCCUCCGGAGGAACUCCCUGACCGGGGAUGUGGGUCAGGAGUUCCUGAUCCACAACAAGUUCCUCUUCUAUCUCUUCACGUUUGGGACAGAGCUGGGCAACGAGAUGUUCUUCAUCGUCUUCUUCCCCUUCCUCUUCUGGAACAUCGACGCCCUGGUCAGCAGGAGGCUCAUCGUGGUCUGGGCCUGGAACCUGUUUGUGGGACAGUCCACCAAGGACAUGAUCCGCUGGUCCCGACCGGCCUCCCCUCCUGUGGUGAAGGUGGAGGUCUUCUACAACUCGGAGUACAGCAUGCCCUCCACACACGCCAUGACAGGGACAGCCAUCCCUUUCUGUCUCUUCAUGCUGACCUACGGACGGUGGCAGUAUCCUUUCUUCUUUGGCUUUUGUGUGGCUCUCAGCUGGAGUGUCCUGGUCUGCGUGAGCCGAGUCUACAUGGGUAUGCACUCUGUUCUGGAGGUGAUCACUGGCUUCCUGUACAGCCUUCUUGUUCUUGCCUUCUUCCAGCCACUGUUGGAGAAGAUUGACACCUACUACAUGAUGGACCACUACGUGCCGCUCAUGAUCAUUGUGUCUCACGUGAGUCUGGGACUUGUGGCGUUCUCCCUGGAUUCGUGGAGCACCUCUCGGGGCGACACAGCUCAGGCUCUUGGCACCGGUGCAGGCGCUGCUUUGGCCACCCAUGUGAACUAUCAGCUGGGGCUGCUGCAAGAUCCGCCACUCUCCUCGCUUCCUCUAGCUUUACCUCCGCUCACCACAGGCUUAGUACUGCGCUUGCUGCUGCGCUUCUUCGUCGGCGUCGCCGUCCUCCUCGUCACGAGGAUGGUCAUGAAAGCAGUGACCGUUCCAUUCUUGUGCCGACUGUUCGGGCUGCCCUCGGAUGACGUACGACAGGCGAGGCAGCACAUGAAAGUGGAGCUGCCGUACCGUUACAUUGUCUACGGUGUUGUGGGUUUUGUUUGCGUCUGCUUUGUGCCUGUCCUCUUUGGGACCCUAAACCUCGCCUGAGUGUUCUGAGAUGACCGUUGUGUUCCUCUGACAUGGUGACGGCUGACAUUUAGAAACUUGCUGCUUAUUUUAACACAAAACAAAAGCUGUUUUUCUGCAUCACAGGAACUGCAUUAAAAGGUAAAUAGAUAUUUUAAGUUCCCAAAUUCUAAAAUAUUAAGACGAAACAAAAAAAUGAACUCACCUAAAGGGCUGUACUAUGAAACAAUUUCAACAUAGCUGGACAUUCUUUCUGUUAUCUGACUUGGUAAAUCUUAAAAGUAGUUAUAUAUAUAUAUAUAUAUAUACUAUGAGAGUGAUUCUGAUUGUGACUUUGACUUAUUCAGGAUCUGUUCACAAGAAAAGGAACAUUGUGUUAUUUGAUUCUGCUUCAGCUCAAAACAACAUGACUGCCCAAAUACUUAUAGGAAAUGAAACUAUUUGCACAGUCACAAAAGACGGGGAGCUUUAAUUGCAUUAAAAAUAUCCAGUAAUA